AUGUAUGCUGCCUGGGGAACAUGUUCAAAGAUGUAUGACGAAGAUGAGGAGGACUUUGCUUUGAUGGUCAUAGAAGAAUUAGAAACUGAACCUGAAUUAGAAUCUAAAGGAAUGGAGAGCAUCAAUCAAAGGAUUUCUGAAGGUUUUGAAUCUGUAAUUUUGGUAAUUGUUGAAGCUGCAACAAUGGUGGAAUCACAGAAUACAGAGGUAGAGGACAAUCCCCAGUCGAAUCACAACCAUCCACUUCAUCUUCAAGCAUCAGACAUACCUGGUGCUGCCUUGAUUCCAAUGAAGCUCACAGGACCAGAAAACUAUGGUGUGUGGAGCAGAUCUAUGCGAUUAGCACUACUAGUCAAAAAUAAACUUAGAUUUGUUGAUGGCACAUGUGUUAAAAGCUCGUACAAGGGAGAUCUGGCAGUUAGAUGGGAAAGAUGUGAUGCAGUUGUGUUAUCUUGGAUAAGUGCAGCAGUUGCACCAGAGUUGAUGACUAGCAUAGUAUAUGCUUCUAGUUCGAAGAAGAUCUGGAACGACUUCAAAGAAAGGUUUGACAAAUCAAAUUUGACAAGGAUUUUUUACCUAUGGAAAGAGAUAAGUAUUUUGUCACAAGGCACUAAUUCUGUAACAGCCUAUUAUUAA